AUGGAUGGAAAUCACACCCCUUCCUUUUACCGCAUGGUCCCCAAUGAAGACUUUCAAUACGCAGGAAUUGUCAAGUUACUUCGGCAUUUCAGAUGGAAAUGGGUGGGGCUUAUCAUUUCAGAUAAUGAUAGAGGAGAUCAUUUUUUGCAGGUUGUGGAGCCGAUGCUUUCCAGGAAUGGAAUCUGUAUAGCUUUCAUAGAAAGGUUGCAACCAGCUUUGCGUUUUGAGACCAUAGAAGAAAUGCUAACUAACUUUUUCACUAAUAGUCCAGAUUUUCUGGAGAGAAAAGCCAACGUAGUUAUUGUAUAUGGAGAUAUUACAACUAUAACACGGCUGACAGGCAUUUUAUGGAUACCCAAAUUAAUGAUUUUCCCGAUAGACCCUGAGUAUAUGGAGAGAACCUCUGCUGGAAAAGUGUGGAUUAUGACAGCCCAGACCGAUUUCGCCUUCACAACCUUUCAAAGGUUUUUGGAUAUGCAGAUGUUUCAUGGUGCUCUUUCUUUCACAGUUCACUCAAAUGAGGUUAAUGGUUUCCGAAAAUUUCUUCAGAUUGUAAAGCCUUUCUGGGCAAGAGGAGAUAGUUUUAUCAAGGAUGUUUGGGAACAAAUGUUCGACUGUUCAUUCCCAAAUUCUGUGGAUCCAACACAGUUCAGUGAAACUUGUACGGGGGAGGAGAGCUUGGAGAGUGUUCCAGCAACAUUUUUUGAAAACAGCAUGACAGGCCACAGCUACAGUAUCUACAAUGCUGUCUAUGCUGUGGUACAUGCCUUCUAUCUCAUGCACUCUUCUACAGCCAACCAUAAAACAAUGAAGGAUGUGAGCAGAUUGGCUCCCCUGAAUGUGGAGCCCUGGAAGCUCCACUCAUUUCUGCAGAAGAUCGCAUUCAACAACAGUGCUGGAGAUGAAAUUGCAUUCAACCAUCAGGGAGAACUAGAGGCGGGGUUUGAUAUUACAAACUUAGUCACUUUCCCAAAUAACUCCUAUGUCAGAGUGCAAGUUGGAAGGUUGGACGUUCAGAGCCCUUUAUGGGAAGAGCUCCAUAUUCAAAAGGAUAAAAUUGAGUGGCACAGGGGUCUGACUCAGGUUCCUCCCUUCUCUGUAUGUAAUGACAACUGCCAUUCAGGAUACAGCCGAAAAAAGAAGGAGGGGGAGAAAUUUUGCUGCUUCAGUUGUGCUCCGUGUCCUAAAGGGAUGAUCUCUAACCAGACUGACUUGGAUUACUGUGUUGCUUGCUCUCAAGAUCACUAUCCCAACAUCAUUCAAGAUCAAUGCAUUCCCAAGACCCUGAGCUUCCUCUCCUUUUCAGAACCUUUAGGAAUUCUGCUAGCCUGUUUAGCUGUUUUCUUUUCUCUGAUGACAGUUCUGGUGUUUGCAAUCUUCAUAAAGUACCAGGAGACCCCCAUAGUCAAAGCCAACAACCGGAGCCUCAGCUACAUUCUCCUCCUGUCUCUCCUUUUUUGCUUCAUCUGCUCCUUGCUCUUCAUUGGACAGCCUACCAAGCUGACCUGCCUCCUCCGACAAACCACUUUCAGCAUCAUCUUCUCAGUUGCCGUGUCUUCUGUGUUGGCCAAAACCAUAACUGUUCUGGUGGCUUUCAUGGCCUCUAAACCAAGAAACAUUUUCAGGAAAUGGAUGGGGAAGAGCUUUGCACAUUCUAUUAUCAUAUCUUUCUCCCUUGUUCAAGGGGGAAUUUGUUGUGUUUGGUUAGGUACAUCCCCUCCAUUCCCAGAUUUGGAAAUGCACUCAACACCCGGAGAAAUCACAGUGGAAUGUAAUGAAGGCUCAGUCACCAUGUUUUACACUGCCUUGGGCUAUAUUGGAUUUUUGGCCACCAUCAGCUUCCUUGUUGCUUUUCUGGCCAAAAGGUUACCUGACAGUUUUAAUGAAGCCAAGUUCAUCACCUUCAGCAUGUUGGUCUUCUGCAGUGUUUGGCUCUCCUUUGUUCCUGCCUACCUGAGCACCAAAGGGAAGUACAUGGUGGCCGUGGAGAUCUUCUCCAUCUUAGCUUCUAGUGCUGGAUUACUGGGCAGCAUCUUUUCCCCCAAAUGCUAUGUGAUAAUCCUAAGGCCUGAGUUGAACAGAAGAGAGCAGCUGAUAAAGAAAAGGCAGCCGUGUUUUUAA